GGGCACAAGGUUCAGGGCUAGCCUCCAGAUCACUUUCUGCCUAGAACUUGCUGGGUAAGAGGUCUGAAUUCUGGAUGGUCUUGGAUCCCUUCCACAGCCUCAAACUCCAUGACUGGUAUUUGUAGCAACAGCAUCCCUAAUCCACAUCCCCUCUGAUUUGCUGCUGUAGUUUCUGGGCUUGCAGAAACUGCUCUUCCUAAAGGCUAUCGGUGGAUGUCAAGCUGCAGAUACCUGCUCAGCCACAGCCUUCCGUCAUGGAAAGGAGGCUUGUGAAGCAGGAGGUGAAAAGGCUGCUGCACAUGUGGUACAGGGCAGGAUGCAGAAUCUCUUGGCAAGAUGCUUCUGCAGGAGAAUGCAUGUGCAAGACACCUCUUACAGCCUAGGGGGACAGGAUACACCGCUGAAAUGGGCAGCACUUACUGGCAAAAGGGGAGAGUAUAUCGGAAUCAGACUUCGGGAAAAUGAAUUUGAUCCUAAAGGAAGAGGCCAACUCACCUUUCUAGAUGAUAUGGUAAACCAAGUCACGCUGGCCCACUAUGACUUGGCCAUCAGUGUUGCCAGUCAAUGGCUAGAUUGCUCAGAAAACUUAACUUGGCUCCAGUGGGAGAAAGUGAGAGCACCACUUCAUGUCAGACCUGCGUAUCCAAACCGAAAAGAGCGAGAAGCAAUGAUCUUAUCAUCAUACGCUGGAGUCUUAAUGAACAGUAUUCCAAUUGAAGAAGUCCUUAAAAUUUAUGGGGCCAAUUCUUCUGCCAGUCCUGAUUCUACCAAGGUCGCCCAGGCCCUGCUGCCCCGCCGCUCCUUGCAUCCUUUUGCCAUGUUGACCGCACCCAGAGCAGCAGAGUGCAACCGGAGACAGAGUGUCAAGUUGAGAAGAGGCGCAACGAAUAAAAAUACCACCAGCAGUUCUACAAAGAAAGCAACAGGGCAGAAUGGAGAUCCUGUCGGGAAAGGCACCCACACCCCAGCAACAAACAUCUCUCCAACUCCUGUCCUUUCAUCUGCCCAGCCCUUCCACUCCUCAACUGUUAUGUGGAGGAAUUUAGAAUCAGCACAGAGACAGAUGGGACUGGAGGGAAAGUAGAAGGAACCUAAAAUGAAAUUUCCAUUCACUCAAUUGCUGUGCCACGCAUGUUUUCAAUGUGCAUCUUUAAAUUAACGGAACUAUACACUGCUUGAGAUGUGUUUAGUCUUCAGAAACAAAUGGGAUGAUUUGUUAGAAAUAUAACCAACACCACACAUACACAUAUACACACAUACAUACAUACAUACAUACACAUAAUACUACAUGCACACACAUACACACAUACUCCAUACACACACACACUUUUAGAAAUAGAAAAGACAUACAACCUCCUCACUGGGGCUGCUUAGGGACUUUCUGGAUUGUCUGGUUACAUCAAACCUUGACACUAUUCUAAAGACAGAAAGCUGACAAAGCAGCCACCUAUUGGGUUUUCUUUUGAAGACACUUGCUCCAAUGAGAUUUCAGGGCAUAGACUUUCUCAAGCUACGUCAUUGCUUCUGAACAACUGGAAAAAGUCCAGCUUUCAAAUGAAUCUGGAAACAGCAGGCCUUGGAAAGCAAAAUAAAACAACAACCACAAACCAGUAAGACUCCUAGACACAGGUCACAUGAACACCUGUGAGUGUGCACACACACCACACACAGACACACCCUGAUAAUCUGGACAAAAUGUAAUCUUACAAAGACUGAUCUUAAGAACUGGUUUAUAAACUCACUGAGGUUCAUGCAUAGCCCUGUGUAAUGAGAAUGUAGUUGUAAAUAUUUGAGUUUUAGACAUCAUUUGGGUGUUAUGUUUUUAAAAUAUAAUUUAACCCCAUGCAUUUUCUUUCACAAUCACCAGUGGCUGUUGCUUCCUGGCGACAGGAGAACUUUCACUUCCUGCUUAUUUCACGAGUGUGUGUGUGUGUGUGUGUGUGUGUGUGUGUGUGUGUGUGUGCGCGGGUGCGCACGCGUGUGUGCACGCACAGUGGUCUGCACGCCAUGGGGACUUGUACCUACUGUUGGUAACUGAAUAGUAGUAAAUGGCUCUGGGGGGCUUAGUCUGACCAGCAGACCUCUUUCUAAGCACUACCCAGUUCUCCUAUACUCUAUCUGAGACUCAAGCCCAUUUUUAAAUAAUCCCCUUCCAACAAGAUGUCCUCCUGAAAACAGAAAGUCGGUUGGUGCUUUCUUUUUCAUGCAUAUUAUUUGUAUAAUUUAGGCAUUUUUACAACUCCUGGGUAUUUUUUUAAAACCACUUCAUAAAAUAUAAUAGUAAUACAUCAAAAUUACAGUAGAAAAAUAAAAGAAUUCUCUUUUCUUUAUACUCCUUUUCCAUGAUUUAUAAUUAGCAGCUGUUAACAUUCCUUAUGAUAUGUCAAUAUUUGUUAUACAUAUAUAUGUGUGUGUACUACUUGUUAUAAAUGGAAUAAAGUAAACAUUUUAUUAAAUGUAUAUAAAGUA